AUGGUGAAAGUAGACGUUAAGUAUACCAAGUUAUUCAUCAAUAAUGAGUGGGUGGACGCAGUCAGCAAGAAGACCUUUGCCACCAUCAACCCUCAAGACGAAACUGUUAUUACCCAGGUGGCUGAAGGUGAUAAGGCUGACAUUGAUUUGGCUGUUGCCGCAGCCAAGAAGGCAUUCCACCGUUACUCAGAAUGGCGUAAAAUGGAUGCAUCUCAACGCGGUCUACUUAUGCUCAAAUUAGCCGACCUUAUGGCAUCUCAAGCAAGAUAUUUGGCAGAGCUUGAAACACUUGACUGCGGAAAGCCAGUAAAAAUAGCUGAAGAAGAGGUAUAUUAUUCAGCCACAGUGUUGAGAUACUACGCGGGCAAGGCUGACAAAAUUUGUGGCAACACAAUACCUGCAGAUGGUGAAGUAUUGUCUUUCACGUUAAAGGAACCAGUUGGUGUAGUUGGACAGAUCAUACCAUGGAACUAUCCAAUUCCUAUGAUGACGUGGAAAAUUGCACCAGCUUUAGCUGCAGGUUGCACAAUAGUGCUAAAGCCAGCUGAGCAAACUCCCCUGACAGCCUUGGCUAUUGCUGCUUUAAUCAAGGAAAUCGGGUUCCCUCCCGGAGUUGUGAAUGUGGUUCCUGGUUAUGGGCCUACUGCUGGUUCAGCGCUUACACACCACCCUGAUGUGGACAAGAUUGCUUUCACAGGAUCUACAGAGGUUGGUCGCAUUAUUCUGGGUGCAGCAUCAGCCGUCAACCUGAAGCGCGUAACUUUAGAGCUCGGUGGAAAGAGUCCCUUGGUUGUUUUCAAUGAUGCUAAUGUUGAAAAAGCAGCUCAAAUCGCUCACGCUGCAGCCUUCGCUAACGGCGGUCAGUGCUGCUGCGCUGGUACCAGGACAUACGUACAGUCUGGUAUUUACGAUAAAUUUGUCAAGGAGGCCUCUGAAAUAGCUAAGAAAAGAUCCGUUGGAAAUCCCUUCGAUGACGUGCAACAAGGACCCCAAAUUGAUAAAGAGAUGUAUGACAAAGUACUUGGAUACAUCGCAGCCGGUAAGGAAGGUGGCGCAAAAUGCAUGGCCGGUGGUGACAAAAUAGGUGGAAAGGGAUAUUACGUCAUGCCAACCGUAUUCGCAGAUGUCACCGACAAUAUGAAGAUUGCUAGAGAAGAGAUUUUUGGCCCAGUGCAAAGCAUCCUGAAGUUUGAUACUUUUGAGGAAGUAGUAGACCGUGCUAAUGAUACCAACUACGGUCUUGGAGCUGGUGUCAUCACUAAUGACAUCACCACGGCAUUGAGCUUUGCUAAACAAGUGAGGGCGGGUUCCGUUUGGAUUAAUACCUACGAUCAUGUAACUAGUCAAACUCCAUUUGGUGGCUUCAAGGACUCUGGUCUUGGUAGAGAAUUGGGCGAGGACGGUAUUAAUGCAUACUUGGAAACCAAGACCAUAACCCUGUCGCUGCCAAAACAACCUCAGCUAUAA